CUUCCAAUAUUUGCUCCAUGACUACCAGGCAGUGGAAGCAUGCAGAGAACCGCACUGAUUUCCAUGGGUCCGAGAAACCAUAUAAAAGUGCUCCCAACCCUGAGCUCCUCACACCACUCCUCUUGGUUUACUCUCCUCGGUGAACUCGGUUUACCUCCCACCUCCACCCCCAACAUGUCCUGCUACUACGUGUGCUGCUCCCCGAGCUACAGGACCGUGAGGACCACCCGCCGCUACUGCCGGCCCUGCUACACCUCCUGCUGCAGCCCCUGCUACACCUCCUGCUACAGGUCCUGCUGCAGCCCCCGCUACAUCUCCUGCUGCAGCCCCUGCUACACCUCCUACUGCAGCCCCUGCUACACCUCCUACUGCAGCCCCUGCAGCUACCGCAGGUGCUACACCCGCUACUACUACCCCUCAUACUGCACCUACAGCUCUGGGUGCUGCUACUGCUAAACCUGGCCUGACCCGGCUCAUCUCGGUGAUGUGAUCAGGAGUGUUGAGCCCCUCCUGCAGCAGCUGAAGGCAGCACCAACAAUGGGCAGCUUGGCUGCUUUCUAGAAUCUCUCAGCACUUCUAUAUUAUUUGCUUUCUCUCCUUCUUCCUGCGUUCCUCAGCUAUGAGCUCUCUUGAUAGUCUCCUGCAUUUAGACCCAUUUGGCAGCGGUGAGAACAACUUGCAGUUCUUUUGGAGCCUCUUCCGGUUGCCUCAGCAUUGUUAAAGAACUUCUGCAUCAGGAAAAACUAACCCAGGUCAUCUGCAUUUUCACUAAGCACUUCCAGCAAUGUGCUGCAGCACUGCGUAAUGGAGAAGCAUUCCGGCUAUGCUUCCUUUGAUCUGGAUUUACAAGUACCUUAAGAACGAGCAACACAGCUUCAACAAAAAAGAAUGUUCUGUACAGCAUAGCAUGGUGACUCAUUGACUCCAGCAUGCCAAAACUAUAAUCUUUCUGUAUCUGUGUCAACUUCUUUUCUUAUUGCAUUAAAAUUCUCUGUACGAGAAAAAAAAAUCCAA